AUGACAAGCUGCUUUUUUCUUCGAUUAAUAAUUCUUUUUUGGUCAACAUUGCAUGCAUUUGUUUAUGGUAAUCCGAAGUAUCAACGAAUAUUCAUCAGUGCAAGGGCAAUAAAUUUUGUAGACACAACAAAGCAUGGCUUUCGAAUUGUUCUAUUGAAUUCAUUUCUGGAGGCGCAUCUUUCACCAACCCAAAUUCCGACAUUAUUCGUUUCUGCAAUUCCACUAAAAUCAGGCGAACCGCUUAUUAGCAAAGUUUUUUAUCCGGAUAGCAUUCGGGAGGACAAACAGGUGUAUUUAACUGAUUUACGAGAACAAUCAUGGUAUUAUGUUUGCAUAGAGUGGGAGAAUUUCAACAGACAUAAUGAAACGACCGGAACGGAUUGUCGUUUGUUGCGCACUUUGGAUCGAUUUGGAAAAAGUGCGGAUACAACAGUGGAAGAUGUAGAGCUGAUCGACAUUACGGCAACUACAAUGCAAUUUAAAAUUCGCUCCAUUACGAAUUUCCCUAUGAGAACGAUCGCAACAUUACAAGGUGGUAGCGUACCUCAAAUAGGCUCACAAAUAUUUGAAUUUCGUGAAUCAUCCGAUCUCGACGUAUUAUUUACCUUUCUAAAACACGACACGGAAUAUGGAAAGUUAUGUAUUCGUGAAGAACCACUUACGCGAGGUUAUACUUCUAUGGGUCGUUACGUGUCCGGUAUCAGCAUCGAAAAAUGUUACUUUGGUAUGAUUUGA